AUGACAGAGUCUUUUCAGAAGCUGGAGAAGAUCGGAGAGGGAACUUAUGGAGUCGUGUAUAAGGCAAGAGAAAGAAACACAGACAGGAUAGUUGCACUGAAAAAAAUAAGACUCGAGAAUGAAAAUGAAGGAAUUCCAGCUACAACAAUAAGGGAAAUACUACUCCUGAAGAACCUAAAGCAUUCAACGAUCGUCGAACUAAGCGAUGUAAUUUACAACAAUAACAAAAUGUAUCUUGUGUUUGAGUACGUAGAGCUUGAUCUAAGAAGAUACCUAGAUAAGAUGAAUGAUGAAGGGCGAUUUGCUAACGAAGACUUUGUCAAAAAAAUGUCUCAUCAAUUACUAACCGCAAUGGAGUACUGCCAUUCAAGAAAUAUUUUUCAUAGAGAUCUGAAGCCUCAAAAUAUUCUCAUAGACCCCAAAGAAAACAUCAAACUGGCAGAUUUCGGCCUGGGAAGAGCUGCGGGCGUUCCAUUGAGAACCUACACUACAGAGGUAGUAACGCUAUGGUAUAGGCCGCCAGAACUACUGCUUGGGUGCAAAUAUUAUGAUGCAUCUGUGGAUGUAUGGAGUGCUGCUUGCAUCAUGGCAGAGGUUGUCCUCAUGAAGCCCUUUUUUCCCGGAGAUUCCGAAAUAGACCAACUAUUUAGAAUAUUCAAGGUUCUUGGGACUCCAAAUAAUUCUAGAUGGUCAAAUGUAGAGAAUUUCCCAAAUUAUAAAGUAGAGUUUCCUAUUUGGGAUCCUGUGGACUUGAAAACAAUUUUCAAAGCAGAUCCAGACCUCAUUGACCUCAUCUCGAGGAUGCUUGAGUAUGAUCCAAAGCUCAGAAUGACAGCCAAAAGUGGACUAUCCCACAAAUACUUCAAAAACAUCCCUCCAAUAGUAGAAUGA